ACGGGCGCAAUUGUAUUAAGAGAUGCCUUGGAUGUAGCGGUCUCAUAAGUUUAGGAAAGCAAUUGGACUGCUGAUGUACUGGUAUUGUGGUCGGGGCUGGUGAGCUCUGAAAUGUCAUGUCCUUGAAUGAAAGGAGUGAUGCUUCAGAAGGCAACAUGUGUUCAUGAGGUAUGGAAGAUCUCCGGAGGACAUACGUCAGCAUUUGCAAGGAGGAAGGAGUAGAGCCUCAGGAGUAUGUCCUGGGCCAGCUUUCUGAGCUGCAGGACUCAACAGGCAGGCCUCGGCUUAAUCUUUCCACACAUUGUCUCUCAGUAGAUACUUGUGCUAUUCUGGGGAAGGUUUUACAGAAAGAGGUCUUAUGUACUGAAGUAGUACUGAGUGACUGCAUGCUGAGUGAAGAGGGUGUCAAGCUUCUGAUACAAGGGCUAUGCCAGAACAGAAAUGUCAGACUGUUGGAUCUGAAGGGGAAUAACCUCCGUGCUGCUAGUGCUGAGGCCUUGGGCAAAUUACUGCGUCAGAACCGAACUUUACAAAGUCUGGUACUGGAGUGGAAUGGACUGGGUCUUUGGGAUGAGGCCUUUGCAGUCUUCUGUGAGGGACUGAGAGCUAAUCAAAAUCUAAGGCAGCUAGACUUGCGCAAUAACCAGAUUAGUCAUCAAGGGGCUGAAGGGCUGGCUGUAGCACUGAAACACAACAACACAUUGGAAGAACUUGAUCUGCGCUGGAACAACAUUGGACUGCUAGGAGGACGGGCACUACUUGGCUUCUUACAGUACAAUAAGAAGCUACAGCAAAUGGAACUUGCUGGAAACAACAUUCCUGGUGAUGUCUUGACGGCCAUAGAGCAAGCUCUACAGCAUAACACAGAGUGCCUUUCCACACUGACAGAAAGCAAGAAAAAGACACAAAUCCUCAGCAAUGAGAUCCAGUUCCUGAAAAUGGAGAAGGGAAAGCAGUUCUUGAAUUUAAUGGGGACCAUUGACAGACAGCGGGAGGACAUAAACAAAAGUAACAGGAAGUCCUCUAUUCGAAUUGGCCAGCUACAGGAAGCCUUGAAUGAAAGAACAUCUGUUCUGAAUUCACUACGAGCAAAGCUACAGAUGACUGAAGCUGCAUUGGCUCUUUCAGAACAAAAGUCAAAUGACCUGGGAGAGCUGUUGACCAGUUCCAAGCUAGAGAAAUCUGAAAUUGCAGAAAAACAUGCUAAGGAACUGCAUUACCUGCAUGAGGAAGCUGGCAUGCAGCAGGCAAAGCUUGUAAGAGAAUUGAAUACCGCAAAUGAAAAAAAUCUACAGCUGAAGAACAAGGUGGAUGAACUGGAAAGGAAGUGCAAGGUUCAGCAGGACCAGAUAUUUGAGCUGAAGCAGGACUUGAUGAGUAAAACAGCUGAACUGAAGCUGCGGCUAGUCCAGACAGAAGAACAGUUCGAAAUGGAAAAGAAACGAUUCAAACAGGCACUUGAAGAUGCAGAAUCACUGCGGAUGAAAGAGGUCGAACAUAUGACUCACCACCUUUCAGAAAGUGAAAAAUCUUUGCAGGAGAGAAUUCAGAAACUAGAGGGUAUGCGGAUUCAGCUGGAAGAGGAAGUGAGUCGUGGAAAGGCAGCAGCUUUACUGGAACGUGCACAGGCUGAGGAGGAGAUGGUCAAGAUGCGAAAGCAGCUACGGAUGGAAGAGGAACAGCGAAUGAAUCAGCAGGAAGAGAAGAUCCGUCUGCUGAUUCAGUCACGUGAUGAAUCACAGGUUCAUUGUUUGCAGCAAAAGCAGUGUGUCCUGGACCUUCAGGCCAAGAACACCCAACUAAUUCUGGAAGUAGAAGGGCUCAAACACAGGAUUGAAGAACUUUACCAGGAGCUCAGUGGUAAAGAGCAGGAGAAGGUUGCAGAGGUAAACAGAGCGCGGCUAGAGUUGCAAGAACAGAUUGGUCACCUGCAGGCAGAGAGAACAGCACAAGAAGGCUUCAAGGAGAAGAUUGCUGCUUUAGAAAGACAAAUAAAAGUUCAGCAGAAUAAUCACAGAGAGUCAUUGCUGGAUAAAGAGAGUGAAAUGUCAUCUCUCUUGGAAAAGCUGCGACUGAAAGAUGCAGAGAUUAAAAGAAUGCAAGAGGAUGAGGCACAGAGAGCCAACUAUCUUCAGAAUGCUGUCCUGGCAUACAUGCAAGGUUCACCCCACCGAGGGAUUAGCAUGUCAAAAUAAAAUGUUAUGGGUGGAAUAUGUGACAAGCUGCUUAUUAUCCACAUUGUUUGUUUAUAUAUAAUUUUAUCCUGAUGAGCUCUUCCUUUCCUUUGAGUACUCAGGGCCUUGCUGACUGAGACCUUUGGAGGGGCUGACACUUGAAGCUGAUAUACGUUUCCGAUAUUACCUAACAUAUGGUCUCAUGUGGAUGAUACAUUGCCUCAUCUAAAUGUAGUGCAGAGUUCUAUUCUGUGCUACCUCUUCAAUGUUCUCUUCUGAACAUGCAGAAAAUAUAUCAAACAUUACUGUAUGCAAAGGUCAGUAUCCACUCCAGUCUUUGACUACCCUCCCAUGUACAGUAGUUAUAUCCACUUUUGCCAUUUUCAGACUAGUUUGCAAAUUGCUGUUUGCUUCCCUACAUUUUUCAUUUGCUUUCAGCUUAUGGGAGUCACCACUACAUUUUUGGAGAGGAAGACAUUAUUUGUAUUCGUUGUUUUACUAAAAAAAAUCUCAAAUUGCAUCCAUCUUUUGUUUUAACCCCAAACUGCAUCCACCUUAUGCAGGUGUGGCCUAUCUGAUAAUUAUCCAUGUGGGUCAGUCUAGGUCUUAGUUCUUACUCUUGAACUUCACAUAAAACUAUUGUUUAAGCAGCUGGAGAGGGCAUUUAGAGGGCACAGCAGUGUCAUGAAAGCUUACUUAGAAUUAUCUAUAGCAGACUGCUGAAGUGGGGUCCUGUUAUUACAUUUAAGGCUGUGUUGUGUCCCAUACACAUUUGCACACCUGUUUUACUACAUGGCCUUUCAUCUGGUUCAUGUUUUAUGUUAUCCAUUUGAAGAAUACAUUUACUGAUUUCAGAACAUCUUGACUGUAGCCCUUUAAAUCAGUAACUAAUCUUUCCCUGAGAGUUCCCACCAAACACAAGGGUGCAGCCUGAUCAUAUUAUUAGCCUGUAUAAUGGAAGACUAGUCCAGUCAUUGAAUAACAUGGUGCUCCUAGGUAGUGUGGAGCCAUUGGUCUUUUGCUUUCCAGGGACAUUAUCAGCUUGUAAUGGCAAACUUUAUUUGUAUUAACAUUAGACCAAGUAACAAUUAUCGGUUUGUAAAAUUUGCUUAAUUUUUUUGUACUUCACAGAUGAUUUGUAUCUUUAACAAUAAAGUUUGUUUUUUAUGUA